AUGGCUCCCAUUCCGGAGGCCUAUUUCCCGUCCCUGGACAAGUGCUUUGCUGGGGCUGCUCAGCUCUUGUCCUGGGAAAGAGUCUUUCUCUACGCUAAUGACCCUGAAGGUCAUGCUGAUGAUGACGGUCAUGUCGCGGCUUUUCUUUCACACCCCGAGAGUAUUCAGUUGCUGUCGCAAAGCCUAAACCCCUUCACUAGUCCUUCCGCGAAGUCUAAAUCCGAAUUCGAAUCCAAAACAGCGGCAAUUCACGUGGAGACCAAUUCCAAAACAUUCGAUCUAAACGAAAUCAAAUCAGACGCGGAAUGGCUUAGCCAAAAAGCAGGAGUGGAUGAAAUUACAGCCUUGCGGAUCACCGUUCUUGAAUGGCAAACUCGACCUGCGGCACGUCUGAAAUCAAGGUUCUCAAAUGAGGAGGUGACAAGUGUGCAGAGCGCAACUGGGAUCGACAAUUUCAGUGCUUCUGUUGCAAGUUCGAAUUUGGCCAAUAUCCUCAAACAAGUCGCUGGUAAUGACCAAGGCACAUCUUUUGACUCGGAAAAAAACCGACGCUUGCGACUGCGUCAUCUUUUCUUAUCGGAACGGAGUCAUAUUGUGAAAACAUUUCGCAAACUAUUGGCGCUGUCUCUACACAGUGCGCCAGAGAAAUCUAGCUCUGUAAAGAAGGAUGCAGAGAGAAGAGUUGCAUUGUGCGCAGUGGGGCUUUCACUUUUCAAAGAGAAGUCGACUGGAAAUGCCUUGAGUAAAUUUCUCGAGGAAUGCAUGACUGGAAUUCGCAAUCGCCUGGAAGAUUUAAAGGGGCAGGGCGGUUGGUUGAGCACAGAUGAAAGCAAUGAAGAGACCGAAAUUGCCUGGAGGACUGCUCUCGUCGAAGAAAUCCUUCAAAUUCUGCAACUUAUGUUCCAUCAGCUUCAUGCAUCUGCUGAGGUUCCAUCUGGUGAUCUCCUGCUGUCCUGGCUUGAUUUAAUGGCCGAACACGGCUUCUUGAGCAAACUACAAGUGUUUUGCAUGGAGCCUAAAGAAGUGAUGUUGCCACUUGAAGCCUUUGUCUCCCUUACAACCUUGGCUUUCCUGAAAUUGCACCUUGCCUUUUCCUCUAUCACAAACAGAUCGCAGCCCACAACCUUUCCCGCCGAGAAAAACCCUUAUUUUCUUUGCAAGGACAAGAUUUCGCAAAUCAACGAGAUCUUCCUUGAAGGGGCAAGCAAAUUCGCAGCAGCGGGGCCUGCAGCCUUGUCAUGGGGCUUGGUUCUAUACUCCAUUCAAGAGCUAGCUGUCGAUGAUCGAAAUGCCAGGGAAAUGGAGCAAUUCCAUAAUGCGGUAGAUUCUUUCCAGUCAAACGACAAUAGUGCACGCAUGUCUGGGGGUUCAGAACCCACUAUCUAUGAAGAACUCAUCGAUUGUGCUCGAACACCCAAGCACUCCGUCGAUGAAGCGGUAUUCAAAUUGACAAGCGAAAACAAGGAGCCAGCUCUGAGUACGAUAGUCAGUUUGGCUGUCAAUGUUGGACCAGUAUCAGCGAUUGACGAUGGCUUGACAUACCAAUGGAUGCGCCUUGCGCUUCUCGACAUUAUUCGCGUUGCAGUCCUUGUUUACGACUAUUCCGAAGAUAUUGUGGAAUCAGUGCUGGCUAUCAUCACUGGCGCUUCCAAGACGCCUUUGCUGAAGCCGGCAGACUUACUGCUCGGGGCUGCAAACGAUUUGAGUUCUGUUUUCAUUAACGACAAUACUUUGAUGGAACAUGUAUUUGGCAUCGCAAAAUCCCGAUUUCCAUACGAAACCCUUCCGUUUCUGAAACUCUGUCGUGCUUUGAUCAGCAAGCAGUCUAUCAAUGAAGAAGGCUUGCCACGCAUAUUUGAAGAUCUGGAUAGAAUGGAUACAUUUACUCAAGUCGUUCCGGAUCAAUUCCACGGAUACGAAACCAUUCGAGAAGAUGAAAAUGCCAAUUUUGUUUCACUCCGCCAAACUCUGCCCAUGUUUAAAGCAGCCACUCGCAAUCGCAUCCCCGACGUCGAAAUGAGUAGUGCUUUGAUCAUUAGAGGUUCAUCUGAGAUCCCAGCUUCUACGGUUGGUCAAGUGGUUUCGGAAAACAAGCCAGCGGUCAUCAUGUGGCAGUACCAAUAUUCAUGUUUGAGCUAUUUGGGAAGUUGGCUGGAAGAGUGGAGUGAGAGUGGUGGAUACUCCGCUGGAUGGGAUACCGAGACUGGUGCAGAAAUUAUUGGCCUGUUGGCGGAUCUUAUUGGCAACGCUCAAGAUAUUCGUAGCAAUGAUUCUCCAGGAACAAACGCCAAGAGAAUCCUUGAAAUGGCCAGUGAUGGAUUGUCUCGACAGGGAGAUAUCAUCACCGUUAUUUUCGACAUCUUUGAGAGAAACUUACAAAACAUUGGAUCCCAAGGUGACCCAGCCAGAGCAUUGGAUCCAAUUAUGGCUUGCCUUCGGUUCAUCCAGCAAUUAUUGAAGAUCCUCCCUUGUCGUGUUUGGCCAUUCUUCAGCCGCAGUAGCCUUGUUGGAUCUGACGGCAAGGGCGGAAUGAUGACAGCUAUCAUCUCAGCAGCAGAAAUGCCCUCUGGGGAGUAUUCAUUCCUCCUCGGUUGUGUAGAUCUACUGAAUGCCGCUGUCAAUGAUGCAGGAUCUCGAGCAGUUUUAAGGCGAAGCCCAGGCAGUGUUGCAGGAAAAUCGACAAUUGUGACUGACUGGAGUGCUGGCAUCCCAUCUCAUGUUAUGAGAACUAUUCUGUUGAAUUUCACUCGUACAUUGGUAGAUGUCUUCAACAGCAAUGGGAAUUGGCGAUUCAAUCUCCCAGAGCAACGAUUCGAGAUCAACGCGAAGUUAGCAAGCACUUUUGCCCAGAUUCUGCACUAUGCCUACGGAAUUAACGACAACGCAAAGCUGGAAUCUAAGAUUACCGGUGUCUUUUCCGCCUCCGCGACAUACAUCCUGGACAUGCUUCGGCCGCGCUCGGCCGCUGAUCUGCCUUUCAACCCGCUGCUCAGGUUAAUUUCCGAGGGCUUACAGGCCCCGUCUACCCUUCAUCUCCGUUAUCUUGUAUUGCUUGAGCGCCAGGUCGUCUCUGCAUUGAAUCUUUGUGUGAAGCUUGUACGGGCAUCUCGACUUGCAAGUCUGCCAGGCUCGCUUUUGGAAGAGCAGCUUUUCAAGGCUGCCCCUGUCUUGGUCAAACUGUAUGCAUCGUCGGAUUCGUCCAAGCUGCCAGUAGUCUCGCUACUUGAUGUUCUUAUAUCCAGUGCUGCUUCAAAUCCAGAAAGCGAACCUCCAUCUCUCGUCGGUCAUCUAGGAGCCGAGUCAUCUUGCUUGUUCCUUGAUGUUCUAUCACAAUUCGAUAAGCCCCUAGGUGGACAUACCUUGUUGCUAUCAAUUUGGCGGUUGCUGUCAACUUUUGUCAGCAAGCGUCAGCAGUGGCUGGCCGUCUUCAUUCUCACUGGCGCAUCUCCGCGUCAAACCUUGAAAAAGUCCAGCAAAUCUGGAGAUCCAAGCAUGAGAGGCGCGCCAUUCCUGCAAAUUGCCCUGGAUAAACUUGCCCAUAUUGAACAGGAAGACCCCGAGGUGGCCUUGGAGUUGCUUGAAUUUGUCUCGCGUGCUCAAGAAAAUUGGCCAUGGGCCACUCCACAGUUGAAGAAUCAUUCUCAAUUCCUCACCAGCAUCGUCAAUUAUGUCUCCAAAUUGAAGAUCUCAUCUCUGCCAGUGAAAGAUCAAAUCUUUGUAACGCGAAUUGCCGCUGUUGUUGCAGAUGUCUGCGCCGUUUACUUGCAUUCUGCGAAGGAAACGAAUGACCGAAGCUUCGUCAAGACCCUUAUUCCACUUGUCCAGUGGUACGCCAAAGACGCUGUGGAGGUGUCAGCUUACAAUUCUUCUCUGCAUGGAAAUCUUAAAAAGAAUUUUGAGAAACGAUACGACGGCUGCAAAAUUAUCGACUUCAAGAGGACAUCACUCGAAACCCGCACAUUAGGAAGGGACUACUAUUAUGACUUGGACAUGGGACAAAGAGUAUUGUCCUACGACUUUGCUUGGGCAGGAACCCGUGGUCAAGGCUUCUUUGAGGAGUUUGAACGAGCCAACAUCAACCUCUCGCUCGUUGAAGCACAAGUGACCCUUCUCAACAGCUGGAAAUUCUUUGCCAUUGAGCAUUGUGCCGAUUUCAUGCCAGACCGUGAAGUUCAAAAAUCAAUGGCUGUAGUCACACAGAAGUGCCUUGAAGCUAACAGUCGUGGCGUGCCCUCAGAAAGUAUCUUCGACGUCAUCCAACAAACGCGGGUAGACUUUGCACAGGCCCUCCUUCAACGAUUAGUACAGGUGGGGUCUCAUGGCUCUGAAGUAUUCGCCAUGCUGGAGGUCACAUGGAAUGCUUUGCUUUCUCGGCACUCGACCUAUGAAGAUGCUCUGAUCAGUGAUGACACCGAGUAUUACCGUUCUCUGCUCAAUAUUCUGUUUUUGGCUCUUCAAUUUCACCUAGGAGGCUCCUCUGUUGCACCUUCUGUGGCUCAAAACAAGGCUGUUCCUUCCGAUUUGACGGUCGUGGUGGAAAUUGUCAAAACCAUCGUCGCGCAGGGUUUUAAGUCACUCACUACAUACUUGCAUGAACAGCCCGAGAAAUGUACGCCCAGGGAUUUCGGUCUUAUUAUCGCUAUCCUACAGACUGCGCUGCAUGUGUCGAAGAAGGACGGCCGUCUCUACGAGUACAUCACAUACCACAUUCAGGACAAUGAUACCGCUCGCCAUGCCACUACUCUGUUCUCUUGGGCAGAUCAGCUUCUACUGGAUGGCGACCCAGUCUACGGUGAUCUCAGUUUGUCCAUUCUUGUCAAGAUGUCAACUGUGCCCAUGCUAGCUGAACAUAUUGCUGUGGAAGCAGUCUUGAUGAAAUUGUCAACAUGCCGCCUGACCAAUCUCCUUCGUCAGCCCAAGGGCUUUGGCCCCUUCGACCCGGUGCCACGACUGCACAGCAUCUGGACUGCUGGUUUCUUACCUUUAUGCUUGAAUCUCCUCUUCAACGUUGUCCGGGUUGCACCAGAGGUCGCUGCGUUCCUCAAUCAAUUUGAAGGACAGCUGACCCGCGCGGCAGAUGUUUUCUCAUCCCCGCACGCCGGUGCCACUUCUAGUCCCUCAUCCCAGUGGAUCAGUCUGAGCAUGGCUUCCGAGGCAUAUUCCCUUGCCUUGAUCUCAUACAUCCUGGAUGGGUUCCGUGAGGCAGGCCCCAGUGCUGGUUUGGAUCCUCAGUCGAUCCAGGAGUUCAAGUGGGACAAGGCUCAGGUCAAGGAUGACAUCGAGACCCUGCUCAGCCGUCGCUCAGCCCUCCGGGCUCGCAUUGCCCCAACGACCGAUAAAGAAGCUGAGUGGUCCCGCCAGAAGCCAGAAGCUGCGGGCUCUACUUCGCAAAACAGGUUAGAGGAGAAGGUUGUGGCGGAACUGAAUGCGGCAUUGACCUGUCUUGGUGGAGAUGAGGAUUCAUGA